CCGGAGGCCGGAGUACGUACUCCAAGCCCGGAGGACUCCGAUCUAUCAAUACUUUACAACGUGGAUCGUUGCAUUCCCGUCUUACCCGAAUCGAAAUCUGGCGAUAUCCACACAAUUCGCACAAAUGGAACCUGUAUCAACAUUUAUUCUCAAGAAAACUGCGUCGGACAAUUCAUCCGACUCCAAACUAGUUUUGGGUUCAUGUAUGUCGACAACGUGGCGGCACAUUGGAGACAGGACGGCGUUUUAGUUACCAAUGAAAACGCCACCGUUGCCUCAAUCGGGCCAUGUUUUGAGAAAUGUGACCCUCAAAAUUGGGUCGGAAUGAGGCGGGAUCUCUCAGCUAGCGUUACCCUUUACGACAAGGAGAACUAUGAAGGAACCAAUUCUACGUUCUCAAUAUCUGGGAUGCAGUGCGUCACAAUAAGACGAUAUGUCUCAUUGCCAACUUGGGACUCGAUUAAAAUCUCCGGAACUGCCACAACCACAUGCGUCGAGUUACAUUAUGACGCCACGUGUGGGGGGAGCUCGGUUCAAUUACGGCCAGGCUAUCCAAACCUGCAUGACUUAUGGCAUUGGAGAUUCUAUCCCAUUCGAAGUUUUGCUGUUUUCGCCAGAUCAGUCUCACUUUGCGGGAAUAGUUGCCCAGCAAUCAUUGACAAGUUGUCAACGACGGCUAAACCAACAACCACCACGCCCACGAAUUAAAUGGUUAAGAUAUUGUAAAUUAUAACUUUUUGUAAGUGCGUAAGUUACUUUGGGCCGGUACAUAACGAAUGCAUAAUAAUUUUAAGAAUUAAUAAUUUUGAGUUAUUGAUGCAAACGUCAGAAUUCGUUGGAUUACUUUGGAAUAAGAUUUAGUAAAAAUUAUGUGGUUUGACAAAGUGCUUAAUUUUACAAAAUAAUUAUAUUUUCCGUCCUAUUUUUAUGUAUAUUUAUAGCUACACUAUUUAGAAUUUGGCUUGGAAUUACAAUAUUUUCACCACGAUAAGAACUUUCUCCUCUGCUGUACUGUACGUAAAUUGAUUCUGAUUUCGGAUGCAUGCAUACGUAUACAAGUACGAAAGCAACAGUUUGAAUACGUGACUUAUGUCACGUCUUAAUUGUGGAAAUGUAUCGAAUUACGCUGAAAAUACCUUAGAUUGGUGGUUGCUAUUACGCACAUGGAUGUCACGCGAAUAUGGGUGAAUAUAAGUAGAUAGAUAUGUAUUACGCUAUUUAGUACACUUGGUCGAAUACGUGACUUUCUCCUCUAAUUGGCGUCAUCCUAUAUGUAUGUAGAAAAUAUUUUGCUACUUUUAUCCAUAUUUAUCGCGUCUGUAGCCAGAAAUACUAGUUUUUGGGGUAAAAAUAGAAACUUGAUGUAUUUGUGGGAUAAUACUUUGCGACAGUGGAACUUUGGAUGGCACGUAUAAAUACGGCACCAUUGAUAGGCACACUUCAUUCGAGAAGAAGCAGCCAAUCCAGGAGAGAAAGGGAAGGAAACUAAAGCUUAAUUUUUCCGAAACAAAAAGCGAAAAGUUUUCAAAAAACAUAAAAUUCCAAAACUUUCUCCAAACCAUAAAAACUUUCCCAAAUCAUAAAAAACCCAUACUUUCAUUUAGAACAUAAAAAUCGCAAGCUUACUUCACAAAUAAUCUUAAACAAUGGGUUCCGCCGUACAAGACGCAGAUUUGAGACUGAUCUACUUUGACAUCCGUGGAUUCGCGGAACCUCUCCGGUGGAUGUUGACGAUGAAGAACGUGCCGUUCGUAGAUGAGCGAAUGCCCCUUGAUGCAUGGGCAUCACAACGGAAACGGAGUUCCGGUGGGGGUGGCGGCGGCGUGGGAAAUUUGACCACCAAACCGACAGAUGCAAAGACUAAGAGGAAAAAUUCUUUGAAUGCAGCAACAUUAUUGCGUUUUAAGAAAUAUGUGGGUCAACUUCCCAUUCUGUAUGAUGGAGAUGACUUUGUCCUCACACAAACCCUGACAGUCAUGCGAUAUCUCGCUCGAAAGCUGGGAUUUAAUGGCGUGACGGAAUUGGAAGAGGCGAAAGCGGAUGAAGUGGCAGAUCUCGUGUACGACUUGCGAUUACGAGCUGUCGACUAUGAGGGAUCCGCUUUUAAUUCCGCCACACCGGACGUGGUUCGUCACACAGUUUUUCGCGAUUUUGCCAACGCUCCGGAAAGCAAGGCUAAGGAGAAGAUGAGACAGGACUUUAUCACGAUGUACUUUCCCCUCUACUUUUCAAAAUUUGCCUCCAUUUUGGAGACCAGUGGGGGGAAUUACAUCGCGGGGGAGAAUCUCACUUAUGGAGACCUCACACUCGUCAAUUUCAUCGAAGUGGUUGAAACCCUUUUGGAUCCCAACUGUUUGGCAGAGUUCCCCACACUGAGAGCCUUGAAAGAGAAGAUUUUCGCAAUUCCGGAAAUCGACAAGUGGCGCAAGGAUCAGCAAGCGGAUCAGGAAGAGUCGGGAUUUCCGGAAAAUGGAUAAAUGUGAUGAAUUGAGGAGAAUUGUUGAGGUUUUUGAUGGAUUGGGAAACUAGUAGUCGAAUGAAUUAGCAAAAGUAUAAUUAGUGCGAAUUGAGUUAAAGUAAAAUUGUAAGCAUGAAAAAAUGGAAAUGUCAAGGAAACAAAUAAAGUUGGUAUCUGAUUCUAUUUAA